CAGCACGCACUUCACACUCAGUUUCACAGUGCACACUCCAGACGGAAGAGAAGAGACGAUAAUGGCGGGUUCUGGCGGGAAAAAGGUGCACCAAAUGAUCGUCGGUUUCGGCGGCAGUGGCCUCGGCCAGGUUGUCAUCGCCGUCGCCGUCUCUUUCCUCGUCCGCGUCUUCUCCGCUCCCGGCCCGGCCCUCUCGCCGGAGAACGAAGCUGACGACGUGCCGGAGAACGAUUCCGACGACGCAGAAGCUCCAACUUCCGGCAAGGUCACGCCGGUCACAAUCCAGUGGAGAAACAUCAAUUGCUCCCUUUCUGAUAAAUCUUCCAAGUCCGGGAUUUGUAGAGUUUUUUUUAAAAAAAGAAUUGGUGAUGAUUGGAAGGUGAUGUUAAAUGAACAGGCGAGGUUUCUGCUUAAAAAUGUGAGUGGAGAAGCUAAGCCUGGAAGAUUAUUAGCCAUAAUGGGACCUUCAGGUUCAGGGAAGACGACGUUGCUUAAUGUUCUUGCGGGUCAGCUAACAGCAUCUCCUCGGUUGCAUCUGAGUGGCGUUUUGGAGUUCAAUGGAAAGCCUGGUUCCAAGAAUGCUUACAAGUUUGCUUAUGUGAGACAGGAGGAUCUCUUUUUCUCGCAGCUCACAGUGCGGGAGACAUUGUCUCUUGCUACAGAACUCCAGCUUCCCAACAUAUCUUCUGCAGAAGAGAGGGAUGAAUUCGUGAACAAUCUCCUUUUCAAACUAGGCUUGGUUAGCUGUGCUGAUACCAAUGUUGGUGAUGCAAAAGUUCGUGGAAUUAGUGGUGGUGAAAAGAAACGCUUAUCCAUGGCAUGUGAACUGCUUGCAAGCCCAUCUGUUAUAUUUGCUGAUGAACCCACAACAGGACUUGAUGCCUUCCAGGCUGAGAAAGUCAUGGAAACUCUCCAACAACUUGCACAAGAUGGUCAUACUGUAAUUUGUUCUAUACAUCAGCCAAGAGGGUCAGUGUAUAGUAAAUUUGACGACAUCAUCUUGCUAACAGAGGGUUCACUUGUUUAUGCUGGUCCUGCUCGUGAUGAACCACUGGCAUACUUCUCAAAAUUUGGGUACCAAUGUCCAGAUCAUAUAAAUCCUGCUGAAUUUUUGGCUGAUCUUAUAUCCAUAGACUACAGUUCUGCUGAUAGUGUCUAUACCUCUCAAAAAAGGAUUGAUGGUCUUGUUGAGUCAUUCUCACAAAGACAAUCUGCAGUUAUAUAUGCAACUCCAAUUACUAUAAAUGAUCUCUCGAACAGUAGAAAAAAAAUCAGCCAGAGGGCUGUAGUAAAGAAGAAAGGAGUUUGGUGGAAGCAAUUUUGGUUGCUCCUUAAAAGAGCAUGGAUGCAGGCUUCCCGUGAUGCACCAACAAACAAAGUUCGGGCAAGGAUGUCAAUUGCAUCGGCAAUUAUCUUUGGGUCAGUAUUUUGGAGAAUGGGAAAUUCUCAGACUUCAAUACAAGACAGAAUGGGAUUACUUCAGGUUACUGCAAUAAACACAGCUAUGGCUGCUCUCACAAAGACUGUUGGUGUGUUUCCAAAGGAACGGGCAAUUGUAGAUAGAGAACGUGCUAAAGGCUCCUAUUCCUUGGGCCCCUAUCUGUUCUCAAAAUUGUUGGCUGAGAUUCCCAUUGGAGCAGCAUUUCCAUUAAUGUUUGGUGCUGUUUUGUAUCCAAUGGCACGUCUUCAUCCUACUAUGCAAAGAUUUGGGAAAUUCUGUGGCAUUGUUACUAUGGAAUCUUUUGCUGCAUCUGCUAUGGGUCUUACUGUUGGUGCUAUGGUUCCAACCACUGAAGCAGCAAUGGCAGUAGGCCCCUCUCUCAUGACAGUUUUUAUUGUAUUUGGAGGGUACUAUGUCAAUCCUGAGAAUACCCCAAUCAUCUUCCGUUGGAUUCCUAAUGUUUCUCUGAUUAGAUGGGCUUUUCAGGGACUUUCUAUCAAUGAAUUUAGUGGUCUUCAAUUUGACCAUCAGCAUUCAUUUGAUAUUCAAACUGGAGAACAGGCACUAGAGCGUAUUUCCUUUGGAAAAAGUAGGAUUAGGGAUACGGUGAUAGCACAAAAUAGAAUACUGCUAUUUUGGUAUUGCACCACCUACCUUCUCCUCGAGAAAAACAAGCCCAAAUACCAGCAACUUGAAAGCCCUAUUGACCACAGCAAACCUCAUUUAAAACUUGAGGAGCUCAAUUCUGAACAAGUUGAUCAGACAAUUGAAGCUCCGCCAGUCAGUCAACUUGAUUCCAAACAGCCCCUCGAGUCACCUGAAGUAGAUCUUGUUGGCUCUUUUGUCCUUGAAGGUACUAAAUAGAAAGAUACCUUUGCAAAGGAUGACCAACAAAUACUGAGACAGUAAGCCGUUUCCUAUAGAACAGGACAACAAACACAAUGUGAUAUUGGACAACGAAAACAUCAGCUUAUGCUUACAGGUUGUUAGUUUUUUGGUCGAAUUACAGAUUGUUAUAUGUAAUAAUAAACAGUCAUGGUGGAUAAUCUUGGACUGUCUCAUGGUGGUUCCUUUGAUUAUAGUGACUAUUUUCAUUAAAUGAUCAGAGAUUCUGUGGAAAUCAUCCAUGAUAUGGGUUUUUCUUGAGGUUGGUCACAGGUUUCCUUUAUAUGAACUUAGUUAUGAAUUA